GAAUCGUCCUGUUCGUGAAGGAACAGGGUCGAACUUUACAAGAAUCCUAGCUAGCAAUUCUAGUUAAUAAUUUAAUAUUGGUAGCAUUGGAGAAUCCUCGUUAGAAUCCAGACAUUUCUGUCUUUCAUCCACAAGACGGAAGAGAAUGUUAGAGUAUCAUUUUUGUGCAACAACUUAGAGAUUAUUCCAAUGCUCAUUCCUAUUACAAUCCAAAACCCGACAGCUUAUUUAUUUCACAUACGACGUUACCUGUCAAAAUUUUCCAAAAACAAAGGGCUCAUUUUCUGAUGGGUGAAACCUAUGCUUCGCUCCCACCCGGGCUCGGGCACGACGAUGCAUCGCCAGUAUGGCUGAACAAAGGCGACAAUGGGUGGGAGCUAACCGCAGCAACCAUGGUCGGGCUGCAAAGCGUUCCGGGCCUGGUUAUACUCUACGGCAGCAUGGUGAAGAAAAAAUGGGCAGUGAAUUCGGCAUUCAUGGCCCUCUACGCCUUCGCCUCCGUGCUCAUAUGUUGGGUGAUGUGGGCAUAUCAGAUGUCGUUCGGGGCAGAUAUGAUCCCGGUAUUAGGAAAGCCCGAUCAGGUCAUGAUAGAUGGAGAUUUACUGGUCCAAUAUGGACACAAAUACAUCCCCACGGCUGAUUACGUUUUCUAUCAGUUUGCAUUUGCAGCGAUUACUGUGAUACUGCUGGCGGGGUCACUGCUGGGGAGGAUGAAUUUCUACGCCUGGAUGCUGUUUGUACCGCUGUGGAUCACGCUGUCCUACACGGUUGGGGCGUACACGAUUUGGGGCGCUGGGUUUUUGAGAGAGUACAUAAUCGACUAUGCUGGGGGUUAUGUCAUCCAUCUCUCUUCUGGAGUGGCUGGUUUCACUGCUGCUUAUUGGGUGGGACCAAGACAUUCACACGACAGGCAACAUUUCCCCCCAAACAACAUAAUUAACAUGCUGGGAGGCGCAGGUUUUCUGUGGAUGGGUUGGACAGGUUUUAACGGCGGAUCACCACUGGCAGCCAACACAAUAACCUCGCUUGCUGUAUUAAACACCCACAUCUGCACGGCCACCAGCCUCCUCGUCUGGCUUUCCCUCGACAUGGUUGUCUACCUCAAGAGCUCCGUCAUUGGCGCCGUUCAGGGGAUGAUCACUGGCCUGGUCUGCAUUACCCCUGGGGCUGGAAUUGUGGAUACAUGGGCAGCAGUGUUGAUGGGAAUCUUGUCGGGCUCAAUCCCAUGGUUCACAAUGAUGGUUUUGCACAAAAAGUCAUCCUUCUUCCAAAGAGUUGACGACACUCUAGGAGUUUUCCACACCCAUGCAGUAGCGGGGCUGCUCGGUGGGAUUCUAUCGGGCCUGUUUGCCAAUCCUAGGCUCCUCGAGAUGUUCUAUCCAAUGGGUAAACAGGGGCCAGGCUUCAUCUACGGUAUAGCUAACGGGAAAUUCAGACACGGGCUACGCCAAAUGGGCUUCCAAUUUGCGGGGGCCCUUUUCAUAACAGUGUGGAACGUGAUAGUAACGAGCUUGAUAUGCAUAUUGAUAAGUCGUAUGAUUCAACUUCGAAUGGAGGAAGAUGAUCUGGAAAUAGGCGACGAUGCAGUACACGGGGAGGAAGCCUACGCCCUGUGGGGCGAUGGAGAACGGCAUCCUCCACCUCUUCGCUUCCGUAUGACCCCUAGAAUGCCUUCCUUUUGUCGACGCCCCGACAGCAAAUUCUAAUGUCUUUAAUUUGUAUUAUUUCAGUCCAUCCCUAAAAAUACUUUGAUUUCUAUUGUAAAUUAAACUAGGCAGUAGAUGAUUUUGACAACAUUGUUGCCAAAGCGCCAA